GUAUUUUCAAGACGGCCGAAUUACCGCCAUGCCCAGCACCGGAAGGCUCCUAGCAGCCAACACGGCCUACCUCCUCGACGAAGCCAAAAUCAAACACGUCGCCAUCGGCUGGCAAGCCCUCGACACAAUCGGAGACGAGAAAACCCCCGGAGAAGUCGACAUCGCCAUCCUAGACGAUCAAAUCACAGACGCAACCAAGCACCUCGUCUCCGCAGGAUUCGACCAGCCCUGCAGUAGGCCCAACUGCGCCGAGUUCAAGAUCGACCGCGGCGACCCCAUAGUCAAAGAACGAGAACGAGCCAGGGCGAGGAGAUUGAGACCAGCGCCAGGCUCGAAACCAGCACUUGACCCCGAAUCUGGGUAUGCCGGACAUGGCUGGGCAUACGCGCGCUGGCACGGAAUCGCCGAAGCGCAUUUCCACAUCCACGGUGCAGACUACCUCCUCUCUCUACAUCGCAAGUCACAAACGCUCUGGUGGAUGAGUGAUGAAGAAUUUUGUAUAACCAAAGAAGAUCUCGCCAUUGCAAACGCCCCGGGCAGUGAGAACCGACAACCGCAUUUGAUCCUCUCGACUGACACAGAACGCACCCCGCCGCGUGGUGAGCCAUACAAUGGUUCUGGACCCUGGAGCACACUGUACGGUGUGAAAAUCCUGAAUCCGGACUCGUUCACGGACGCGGUGCUCUUCCUUUUAUGUCGGUAUCUUAACCACGAAGGGCAUCUCGACAAAAUGUGUUUGAAUAUGAUUGAUUGCUUGAAGGAUAAGUCCCCGAAUAGGCUUAAGAAGAAUGUUCGACCGGAGUUCAAGCACCUCUGGGACGCGUUUAAUGGGCGUUCUACGUCUAAGGUGGUGCCCUUGGUUGCAGCGAAGUAUCCAAGGUCAUAUCUUGCGGGCAGGAAUGAGUUGGGGCCCUUGCCACUGCCGCCUGCGAGGGAAGAGGGACUAGAUUGACG